AUGUGCGCUAAAGCUUUCCCACCCCCCUCAGACUUCUUCGACACAGUCCUGGCCUUUCCCUUCCCACAGAUCGCUUACGCAACCUCCAAGCGCAUCUCAACCCUCCUCAAAACCCGUGUCAUCGAACCCAACCCCGACGAGCUCUUUGACUACGAAGCAUUUGCCGCGGCUGGGAAGUGUAUAAUUGAACCCGCGCAAGAUGUCUACAGUUACGAAAGGUGCUCGUACCCACAGCCGGAGUGGAGCGAAGACGAGCCGUGGCGCCGCAAUGACAAUGCAGACGACGACAGCCACAAGUACCGCGCCGCGGCAGCCGGCAACGCAGUCACCACCCAAGUGAUCGGAUGGAACACCGUCGACUGGAACGACGAACACCUAACCCUCGUAGUUCUCAACCUCACCGACUCCUUCAGCAACGACACAAAACACGUUUUCAUCGCAGCCAAGAACGGCGUCGCCGAACGCUUCCUCCUCGCCGUCACUGACUUCUCCCGCAACAUGACUGACCGCAUCUGGUCGUUCCAGGACGGCCGCUUCACCGCCGACCGCCGUCUGUACACCGACAUCCAAACCUCCACCUUUGACAACCUGAUCCUCGCCAACAACAUGGCCGCAGAAAUCAAAUCCGACCUCGAACUCUUUUUCGCCUCCUCACAACUCUACAAGCGUUUGAACAUCCCCUGGAAACGCGGGGUGCUAUUGACCGGCCCCCCCGGCAACGGCAAAACACAUUUGAUCAAAGCUUUGGUCAACCACUUCAAACAACAACACCCCACCAUCGCAAUCCUCUACAUCAAAACCUUCACCGCAAGCUGCGCACCCGACGACUACGCCAUCCGCACCGUGUUCAAACGCGCGCGCGCACGCCCGUGUAUCGUCAUCUUUGAGGACCUGGAUGCCUUGGUCAAACCGGAUGUGCGGUCCGCUUUCCUUAACGAAUUAGACGGGUUGUCGGCUAAUAACGGCGUCGUAGUGGUCGCGAGCACGAACCACCCGGAGGAGUUGGAUAGCGCGAUCCGGGACCGACCUAGUCGGUUCGAUAGACGGUGGGCGUUUGAAUUGCCGGGUGAAGUUGAACGACUCUCCUACCUCAAGAAGUGGUUCUCGGCUCGUGAAUUCGACACACCGCCCAGUGACGAGGCCAUGAAGGAGGUAGCCGGCGCCCUAACUGCGGGGUUCUCGUUCGCGUAUUUGAAGGAGUUGGCGUUGGGGACCACGUUGCAGAGUGUGAGGUUGGAGGGUGGCGACGGAGGCGAGGCGGGGAAACAGGGGGCGAUGGACAAGUUGUUGAUGGAGCAGGCGGGGGUUUUGGGAAUGCAUGUGAAGAAGGCGAGAGAGGAGGAUGCGGGGGGAUCGGGAGAGGGGAAGAGUGGGUGGAGGGGCAAGAAGUGGAGGAAGCAUGUUGCUGGGCGGUAA